AUGACAAUCUCUAAAUCUCGCAUUGAAACUAUCGUUUCGUGGUUCGUAACAGUCCAUCCUAACGAAAUUUCCGCACUCAUCUACUCCGCCUCCUCUUUCUUCUUCAUUUUGAGUGCAUAUUUUGUGGUACUUCCUUUACGUGAUGAAGGCGCAAUUUCAUUAGGAUUAGGGACUCUUCCUGGACUUUUUGUUGGAUCGUUGCUGCUCACACUGAUUGUUGCGCCAGUUUCCACUCUCAUUUUUUCGUUGCCUAAUCUUUCUAAAGGAAAGGGAUUCUUUCCUGUGAACUCCAUUAUAAAGGAGGAGCUGAACAUAAUGGUUAACCAAACUAUUCCAGCAAAUUCUGGUGGCUCGGGAAAACAUGGAUGGUUUUUCAUUUCAGUGAGGAUUGGGUUAUUCCUUUGGGUUGCUCAGCUCUUAAUCUUAUAA